CUCUGAUUUAUAUAACCAUACCUUUGGGUGGAUUGUUUUGUUACCAUAAUAAAAUAAAAUGCUAAACACGGCUGAUACUAUUGAACUGACUCCUAACGUACGUGCACAUAUAUUAGUGAACAACGCAGGAGUCGACAUUUUUAAAAUAAAGAUGAAUAGUCGAAAUGAAUAUGCUUCAAUCAAAAACAUCGAAGAAAUUGAAGAAAAGAUGAAAAACGUGGCCUUGGAUAAUAAGUUCAAUGAUGAUGUUUCCAAUUUUGAUCAAGAACAUUCGACAUUAAGUCAAAAUAAUUAUUAUUAUGAUUCACCACACCACUUGAAUAGUAGCAAUCAUUUAUUUGAUAUUCAUUUUGUGCGAUCAAUUCAAGGUCUGCGCUCUCAGGAGAAAAGAUGCUAUUACUUUAAAAAUGGAACUAGAAUAAGUUAUACGUUUAGCAAUGAACAAAUCCGCCGAAUCGAACGGGAAAAUCAAAUUCUUUUGAGCAAGAUUUUGGCGCAGCGUCCCCAAAGUAGCAGCAUAUCUACAAAUUCACCGAAUAGUUUGACAAGCAGUGCAUCUCGUAUUUCCAGCGCAGCUAUUAACCGACGACAUCAACAAGAAAGGAUUAAUAUUGCCAAUGAUAUUUUACGGAAAAAAAUUGAAAAAAUUUUGCAAAGAAAACGAAAAUAACUCGAACUAGCGAACACUAAGAUACCAUAUUUUACUAUUCCGCACAGAUAAUGCGAAUGGAAAGUAUAGCGAUAAUCACGAGAAAUUUUGUACGGCGCGUGUAUUGUGCAGGAUUUUAUCUGCCCUUAUCAUUCUUAUCACUCUUAUCCAAUCAAUGAUACAUUCAGUUAACAUAAUAUCUUUUCCUAAGCGCUAUGUCCGAAUUAGCUGCAUUGUGAACUCCAUUCUGAAACCAAAAUCGUUUUUCAUUUCAUAAAAAUAUGUCACAAAUCCGGAGAUUCCACGAUUGGGAUUUAAGUCACAAAAUCAAAGCUUAGAAACAGAUAUUAUAUUCGAUGAUGUAUCACACAAAAAGAGAAUUUAAAAGAUUCAAUAGCUAAUAAUUUUCCAUUCUGUUGUCUUCAUUGACACAUAUUUAUGCCUACUACUUCGCAUCAUUUGAUUACUUAAUAUUAAGCAUUGCCACAAUAAAUGAAAACUGUGAAAAUUUACUCAAGUUCAGGCAAACCCAAAAAAUGUAUUGCCAACAAAAUAAAAGAAUAUAAGUUUCGCCUGAAUACGAUAUUAUUUGUUCGAUGAAUUUUAUUCUAGAGAUGAAUUCACCACAAUGUAUUCGAUGAAUACAGUUUCACCAAAUGUAAUUCAAUUGCAAUUAGGAGUUUCAAUGGCUUUGUUAUGAAAGAA